UGUUUCCUUCCUCCACAGCGUUCGCCGGCAAAGGCAAUACUCAUAUAAAUAUAUAUAUAUAUAUAUAUAUAUUUUUUUUUUCCCUCACUCUUUAUCUUUUUUUCUUUUUCUUUUGUAGUUCUGCAGAGACGACCUCACAGUAAGCCAUUGUAGCUUCGCAGCUGUUUUCAAAAGAAAAAGCCACCCCACUUUCUCUACCACCGUUCUUUCCUUUCUACUGCUCCAUUUUUCGAAUCUCUUUCCCACGAGGACGAGGGAUUUCGUACUUCAUUCAUUUUUCUGCUAAGAUUUCGAAAUUGUGAGAUCUGCUAGUCUUUAUUCUUUGGUUGAAUCGAGAUGUCGACAGAGUCGUGGUUUAGUAGUUUAUGGAAGCAUUCAUGGAGACAUAACCAUGAACAUGAAAAGGUUACUAUUGGUGUGUUGGCAUUUGAAGUUGCAACUUUGAUGUCAAAGGUGGUUCAUUUAUGGCAAUGUCUGUGCGAUAAGCAAGUUGUUAGGUUGAGGGAAGAGAUCAUGAAUUCGGAUGGUAUCAGGAGGCUUGUAUCUGAUAACGAUGAAUUCCUUGUGGAUUUGGUCUAUGCAGAAAUGGUUGAAAACUUGGGGUUUGUAGUGAAAUCCGUGGCUAGGCUAGGGAAGAAGUGCUCGGACCUUGUACUGCAACGGUUUGAGAAUGAGUUUGAUGAACUUGUCAUGACUGAUGAGGGUGUACAUGGCUGGGAAUUCACCUGGAAGAAGAUGGAAAUGAAAGUUAAAAAGAUGGAGAGAUUCUUUGCCAUUAGCACGAACUUGCAUCAAGAGCUGGAAGUUCUUGCCGAAAUGGAACAGACUCUGAGGAGAAUGCAGGCAAGUAAUGAUGACCCAAAUCGGUCAAGCUUACUUGAGUUCCAUCAGAAGGUUAUGUGGCAGCGGCAGGAGGUUAAGUAUCUCCGAGAGAUCUCCCUAUGGAACAGGACUUAUGAUUACACAUUCCGCCUCCUUGGCAGGUCUCUGUUCACAAUAUUCAGGCGGAUCAAAUAUGUGUUUGGAAUCAAUGAGAAGGAAGCUGUGGAUGGACUCUAUAAUUCACCAGUUUUUAGUACAUAUUAUCUGUGUCGUAGUAACUCCGUUGCUGGACUGAUUCAGCCAUCAGUUCAUCCAUGUGAGAAAACCGAAGCAAUGUUCUCUUCAGAUCCUCUAGUUAAGCCAAUUUCAAAAUCAGGGCCUAUUCUUGGCACACCGAAAACUAGCUGCAGGCAUCAGCAUACUCGUGGGAAUGUGUCUACUCCUGCCCAUGGGAAGAAAUCACGUUCAAAAGCGAAGCGGUUGACUUCUGUAGGCCCUUUCAAAGGAUGCGUGAUGGGUGAAGACGACAAUCCGAUAUUGCAAAGCCACGCGCCUGUAAGUCAUGGCUUUCGGAAGUCCAAUGUUGUUUAUUCUGGAAUUCUCAAUGGAAUAGAAGAUGCUAAUGCAGAACUGCUUACGCACAGCAGCAUAGACCAUACUAAUCUCUCUCUGUUCAGUUCUAAGCACAGAUUGCUGAAUGCUCCUCCAUCAACUCUUGGUGGUGCUGCUUUAGCACUCCAUUAUGCGAACGUGAUUAUUGUAAUAGAGAAGCUAGUGACAUAUCCUGACCUGAUUGGUCCUGAUUCAAGACAUGACCUGUACAAUAUGUUGCCCACAAGUGUAAGAACGGCACUAAGGGCUAGGCUAAAGUCAUAUACCAAGAACUUGGCUUCAUCCUUUUGUGAUGCUGUUCUUGGAGCGGAAUGGGAUGACGCUUUGGCAAGGAUACUAGAAUGGUUGGCUCCACUUGCUCAUAACAUGAUAAGGUGGCAUUCUGAGCGGAAUUUUGAGCAGCAGAACUUUGUCUUCAGAACAAAUGUGCUCCUGGUACAGACUCUGUACUUUGCUAAUCAGGCGAAGACAGAAGCUGCAAUAACGGAGCUUCUUGUGGGUCUCAAUUACAUUUGGAGAUUUAGGAGACACCUUAACACAAAAGCUUUACGGGAGUGCUAGCAGCAGAAAUUUGGAUGGUUAUUUGGAUACGAUGGGCUAAUUUUUUUCCAUCCAUGGUCAAAUCUCCUAAAGAUUUCCUGGAAGUGUCGUAAAAUGAAUGGUUGAUCAUGUUCAAGAGAUCCAGGUUAAUAAAGGUUUGACCAAGCAUAGUUUGAUGCUGAAGCACAUGAUUUUAUUCAUAGAUUCAGUGUGGUGGAAACUGGUUAUCUUCUAAGAUGGGUGAGUGGCAUGGAUUUUAAUUCUUUUGAAUGGCUUUCGUACCGAAUGAACAUUGUUCCAGAAGUUAAAAGGUACAGUUUCAGCAUCUGAGCCUUUUGUUUUCCCUCUUCUGAGAUGAAAUGCAAACCUUGCCUCUUGGGCCUUUGAAAUUGGCAAGCACAGCCAGCAUCUCAUACGUCAUAUUUCAACAUUGUACCAUUACGACUCCAUGGUCUCCCAAGAAUUGUAUACUGAUAGCAACAUUCAGUGGAAUCUGUAAAUUUUACUAUAUAGAAAUCUUAUUCUAUCUCAA